AUGCAGAGUCAAUUCUCCAGUACUACAACAAUCAUGACUUAUCCACCUCAAUCUGGUUCACAAAGUCCAACACUUACUGAACCAGAUAUGAUACUUCCGCUACAUAAUGAAUUGAGUUACGACUCCGAUUUCUCAUCACGGCAUACAUUAUUUCAAUCUCUUUCCUUGUCGGGGGAUGCAUGGCAAUCGCAACGACCCACUACGAGUAGUUCCGAUCAUUUACUUGGAACGCCUCCUAGGACACCAACUACACCAAUUAUAUACGGGAAUGGAACAAUGUUAUCUGAUAUAGGCGAAGUUACAGAGGCGGAAAGUACACCAGGAGGAAAGAAGUUACCUGGUCCUGCCGAGCGAAGGUUUAUCAAGCAGCAGCAGCAAUUUCAAAACGGUCAUCGAAUAAGUUCAACAUCCUUGGGUCAUGAAUUGAGGAGAUCAGGAACCAAGACUGGAACACACGAAAGAAAAAUAUCAGUGGAAUCUACAAGUACCGUUACUUCAGAACCACAAUCUGCCAUGUUUGGAGAUGUCGAUGAUGCAGUUAGUGUGGACGAUAGUAAUUUCCAGGGUGAUGAUGAGGAGAGUGUCGCGGAAUCUUAUACAGAUCAUUAUCGCAAAGAACUCUUUGAACAGGAGACGCGCAGAUUAUCACGCCGUGAAGGAAGUAUUGGAGAGGGGGAAGAUGAUCAGAAUUCGAGUGCAGCUUUGAGUAGGAGGGCGGAAGAAAUUUUAUUGAAUGCCAAACGUCGACUUAAUAACAUGGAAGGGAAUUUAACACGAGCGCGAAGCUCUCUUUACGUAACGCCCUCUAUUUCCAUGCCUUCGAUUUACAGCAGUAGUCCUUUAACCAAUCCAUCUCUUUUGAAAAUCGAUCGACGCAUGAGUGGUAUACCUUCGAGACAACGAUCGUUUUCCAAUUAUCAUACAGAUUCGACAUCUUCAAGUCCUAGCCAUUCAAGGGUCUGGAGCGAAAAUAAUAUAUCUCCUUCGCGAGCAACAGCAUUUCCAGUUCGCGCCUCGAGCGCGGCAGCUACAUAUAGAGCGAGAAGUGGUAUGGGAUUGCACGCAGCAAAUUCAGCAUCACCACUUUCUCCAGGAGUAAUUCAGGAGGAGAGCAAUGAAAAUGGAAGGCCAUCAGGAUCCGGGCAAUCUUCGCCACAUAACAAAAUUCCUACUUUGCUAGCAUCGCAUCUUGAACCGUUAGCCGAGGAUGGAGUUCCUGAGUUCGACAACAGGACUAAUGGCUGGACUGAUACUGAUAGAGAAUAUGCAACUCCACGGGAAGUGCAUGGCUUGAGUCGUUCUUCGUCAACUUCAAGCAUGAGAAUGCAUGAUAUACAGCAUCAAAUGCAUGACUUGAAAGGAAGAUUAUCAAUGCUGCGAGAUCGUGCUAGAGAUGAUAACAUGAAGCGCCGCAGUCUCCAAAGUUUACGUACGCCUAGUCCAUUCACAGCAGGAGAACAGUGGUAUAGUGGAGGUGGUAAUGGUCAAGAGGAUGCUGCCAAAACAGAUGCAGCCGUAGAUCAUGGUCAGUCGAAUGAAGUUCAAAGUGAUGAUCAUUCGAAGGAUAUAAAUACCGUACAAUCGGUUCAAGUAUCUACGAGACAAGCUCCAAAGUAUGCUGAAUCGGACGCUACGAGCAUAUAUGAGGAUGUUGGUGAGAGCCGGGUGAAUUCACCGGAGCUAGCGAGCCCACGUCAGAAUCAAACACCGAGAGUGGAAGAGGAAGGUUAUGAUACUUGUUCAGAGGAGUCCGAAAUUUCGAGUAUCGAUAGCUACAGUGAUGAUGAGCCAGAAGCAUUAAACCAAUGUGACAAAGAAGAUAAUACUGAUGCAUCAAUAUAUCACGAAUCAUUAUCUGAGCAGAUAUCACAUGAGGAUCGCGAAGAUGCAUUCGAUUACGAACAUUUCUUCCUACACAGCGCGAUGGGUACGAUGAGUCGACAAAGGCGAGGCAGUAUCAGCUCAGAGGAUUCUGUAGAAACUACACGGGGGCCUACAGCUCCAAUGCCUCUUGUGGAGAAUGGCCAUGGGCCUAGUCAACCAGCAUCCAUUGUGCAUCUUAGAUCCGAUAGCAAAACUUCGAUCUCUAGUUUAGCCACUUUUGCAACUGCCAAGUCAAGCAUUGACGAGGACGAGGACGAAGACAGUGAAGAUGAUGAGGAUCCUUUCGAUCUAACAGUCCCUAUUGCCGAUACUCGCGGGGUCGCUACCCCCGACUCGCCUACAAUCGCUCCUUACAAGCCAACGACAGGCACUCCCAUUGCGACCAAACGGUCCACGUUCGGCUCUUUACCCACAAAUACCAUAAUCAACGACUACCACGAUAUCGGAAUAGCUCGAGGCUCUGGACUAUACGAUAUCGACAUCAGACCCAGCAUACACUCCAGAAAUCUUUCCCUCGAUUCCGCCGCGUCCACCAGCACAGCCCGUAGUUUCCCUUUCUCAACCAAGCCCAAAGAACUCCCCAAUACCUUCACCCCACCAGGCACCGCCUCCAGCACCGAUUCUCACCCAGCGCGCUCCACAUCCCUCGAAAACAACCGCAACAAUACACAGCCAUCACCGGUCUACAUGCUUUCCUCUGACGACCAAAUUCUUGUUGAGCGAUUAGUCGCUAGUGUGGGCAAAUGCGUUUUGGGUUUACAGAACACCGAAGCUGGAAAUUAUGACUCGAGAAUAUGGAGACGGAGAUUGGAUGCUGCGAGGAGGGUUUUGGAGGGUGAAGAGGGUGCUGUUUAA